AUGGCUACGAUUACUCUGAGGGUUAGAAACUCCAACUUAAUGAAGCAGACGAAGAAGAAGAAUCGCAUUAUCUCUCUCAAAGAGAUAACCAAAGCAUCUUUGGAGACCGCUCUUGUGAAGAAACCUUCCUCCGACAACGUAACCCUAGAAAAAGAAGGUGGAACCAAUUCGUCCUCCUCGUGGGUUAAAUCUCUCUUACUCGGAAGAGGAGCGUACGGUUCGGUUUAUCUAGGUACUAGUAGGAGCAAGACACACCCUACAGGUGAACGAGCCAUCAAAACCGCUAAACUUUCUCACGCUUCUACUCUCAUGGACGAAGGCAGGAUUCUUGUCCGUUUACAAUCUCCUUUCAUUGUCCAUUGCUACGGCGACGAGAUCGCACGCGAGGAGGACUAUUCUAUGCAAUACAAUUUGAUUCUCGAGUAUUGCUCUGGCAGAACCAUUGCCGAUUUGAUUGAGGAUAAUCAUGGGGAGCUGCUUGAGUGUGAGGCCAAAGUCUUCACUAGAGAUGUCUUGUCUGGUCUCACUUACAUCCACGACAGAAACAUCAUUCACUGCGACAUCAAACCCGACAACCUCUUACUCUCUCCUACCGCUCAACGCUUCAGGUCUACAGGCUACUUGACCAAGAUUGGUGAUUUUGGAUUAGCUAUGGAGAAAGGGUCGCUAGAGUAUGGUAACGGAUACGGCCACAAGAGAGGCACCACGCGGUAUAUGGCUCCAGAGCUUAUUGGGCAUGGGGUUUUGGACUUUGGAGAAGAUGUGUGGGCCUUGGGAUGCACAGUCUUGGAGAUGUUAUCAGGAAAAACAGUUUGGGGAGAGUAUGGUGAUCUUGCUUUUGAUGAUUGGGUCAAUCUCAUUGGCCACAGCGAUCGUAUGCCUCAUGUACCGGCUUGGUUGUCUAAAGACGCAUUAGAUUUCUUGAGUAGAUGCUUGGAGAGAGACAUUAACAAGAGGUGGUCUACUCAUUCACUCAAGAACCAUCCCUUUGUUCUGCUAUGA